AUGAGCUCAAGGGGAUCUGUUAAUAAGUCUGAUUAAGAUAAUCCAUAUGUAAAAAUGAGAUAGUAUAAAGGAAAUAAUCUCUAUUUAAUUGUGGAUUUGAAUACAUGUUUUUGGUUACAAAAAAAACAGCUUGGUAUAGAGGGUUUGCUCGUUCUAGUUUCUUAAACUUUAAAUUCACAUCUGAUUAAAAGUAUAUAUAAUAGUGCCUACAUUUACUUAACAAACUCAAGGGAGUCAAAAAUGAUUUUUCCUAUAAAUUCUAAUAUUUCUAAGGAUGAGGAUAGUGAUUAAAAUAGAAUUGAUAAUCUAGAUUACUCAGAGAUUCAAGCAAGAAUUCAAAAGAGGACCAUUGAAUUUAUGCAGCAAAAUAUGGCUGAUAACAUCAAUUAUUCAAGACUCAUCCCUGCAUUAACGCAAUCACUUUGCAAAAUAAAUAAAGUUGGAAUUUAGUUAGAAAAAAAACUUGCUAAUUAAAUUGAAAAUGAAAAAUAUUAUUCUUCCAUUUUAAUGUUUACUGUUUCCGAAAUUCAUUCAAGUUCUUACAUUAACUUAAUGAGUGCAAUAGAAACAGCUAUUAAACAUAAAGUAAAGAUAUUUGUGUUUGAGAUUCCUGAAGCUAACUUAUCUGAUAACACAUAGGAUUAUCUAAAACAGUUAUGCUCUUUGACAUAAGGAUUCUAUUUAAAAAUAAAUGAUGAAAAAAAAGAAGAGAAAAAGGAUGAUAGAAAAGACUAAAAAAAAGAUGAUAAAAAGGAAGAUAAAAAAAGUUAAAGUAGCUCCAGUGCAAGAGUUUCUAUCAAUCCCUUUGACUUAUUUAAUUACAUUUCAAUACUAAUGCUUACUAGUGGUGAUAUGUUAGCCAAACCAGAAUAAUAAUUAACCAAAAAUCCAGUUUUUCGUCCUGCUAUUAAUGAAAAAGUACAGUUUCGUGUAAACUGUUCUUGUCAUAAUACACCUAUGGAUUCCGAUAUAGCUUAUGUAUGCUCAGAUUGUCUUUUCUUGUAUUGUAAAUAAAAUGAAGAAAGUAAUGAAGUUUGCAUAAAUUGUAAAUAGUGA